UGCCCACGGAGGAGGGAUAUCGCAAAAAUGAAACUAAAACUGGUUUCUUGUAGUUGCAAAUAAUCUUGUAUACCGGAACAGUUUAAUCGUUAAAGUCACGGAAGAGUAAUUUACUGUAAAGAAAGUGGAUGCAAGUAUUGGCGAUUUAUGGCACCACCUCAGGAAAACGAUGAAGAUACUUUCGCCGAAGAUUGUUUUUUUGAUGCUGCUGUUAAUGUCAGAUUUAUUGUGCAAGCAGAUUGAAAUUCUGGAGGGAGGUAAUAUUUCACUUAAACCAGACUGGAAAGAAAAUGUAAAUAACGUAAAGGAGAUUACAUGGACACUUAACAGUAACAAGGUGGCUGAAUGGAACAUAAAUGGAAAAGUUACGUUCUUUAAUCAAUUCAAAGAUCGAACUCAACUAAAUACUGAGACUGGAGAAAUGAAUAUUUUUGGUGUGCAACUAAAAGAUGGUGGGACCUACAGAUGUGAACUUAUUGACGACAAUGGUGUUAUUUUUCCGAGAGAGAUUGCUGUUCAUGUGCAUUCUCGACUUGGAGCACCAAAGAUAACUUGCAUUCCAAAUGAUACAGCUGUUAUGCUGUUGUGUAACGCAAGCUCCUCUGAACCUAUCAUAUAUAAUUGGAAUUUUCAGCCUUGUACAGCUAAUUCAGAUGACUGUGAACUGGAGAAUAACAAUCAAACAAUUACUAUCAGAAAUGCAAAUAGCCACAUAUCACACCAAGUUUACUGCACUAUAAACAACAGCCUGCACAGUAAUCGGAGUGAGUCUGUUCUCAUUAGGAAUUGCAUUAAACCAGGUGAGUGA